CAUGAAGCAAAUGCGGGCGAUUAGUUUGUGUCAAGUCCCAUACAAAAUUAUUUCUAAGAUUCUGAUUGCUCGGCUCGGGGAUUUCUUACCCCAUAUGAUUGGCCCUUACCAAAAUGGUUUUGUCAAGGGUCGGCUCAUUUUUGACAAUAUUCUGUUAGGUCAGGAUGUUAUGCAAUCUUUCAAAAUAAAAGUUCAGGGACAUGAGAAAUGGAUGGCUCUUAAAUUAGACAUGGAAAAGGCUUAUGAUAGGGUGGAAUGGGAAAUUCUUUUUGCCAUUUUGCAGAAACUGGGUUUUGCAGAGCGGUGGAUACAAUGGAUUUGGGCUUGUGUUUUGACUGUCUCCUUUUCUGUUCUUCUCAACGGCUCGCCACAUGGAUACUUCCAGCCUCAACGUGGCAUCCGUCAGGGUGACCCCCUUUCCCCUUUACUCUUUGCUCUUUUUACUGAAGGAUUAUCUGCAUUAAUUAAUCAAGCCAUCAAGAACAAUGUUCUUCAUGGUUUUAGGAUUCAUCGUCGCUGCCCGGCCUUGAUAGUCACAAUUUUGCCCUCCUAGCUAAGCAAGCUUGGCGGAUUGUCCAAAAUCUGGAUGGUCUCUUAGCUAUCAACUAUAAAGCCAGGUAUUUCCCUCACUCUUCCUUUUUGCUUGCUCCUCAGGGUUCUAGGCUUUCCUGGGCUUGGCAAGGUAUCCUUGUGGGUAGCUCUCUUCUGCAAUCCGGGCUUUGUUGGCGCAUUGGUUUGGGUGCUUCAGUUCGGAUAUUGGAAGACUCAUGGCUGCCAACGACUCCUCCAUCUCGGCCUGUUAUCCUGCCCAACGUCUCCUUACCUGGGCCCCAUGUAUCUUCUUUGAUCAAUCAUUGGAUCCGGUAGUUGGAAGGUACCUCUCAUCACCUCGCUAUUUGAUGGGGAAACGGUAAGAAUUAUCGGAUCUAUUCCUCUUCCUAUUUUCCCCGUGUCCAAUCAUCUUGUGUGGCACUAUGAGAAAUCAGGUGAGUUCUCAGUUAAAUCAGGAUAUAGAGUGGCCUCUGCUGAUUAUAUUCAUAACCCUUCCACUAUUCCCCCGAUCUUUGAUUCUUCGGCUUGGAAUUUGUUGUGGUCCUUGAAUGUUCCUCCUAAAUUACGUUUUUUUUCUCUGGCGUGUCAUUAAAGGAUAUCUUCCCUUGAGAGAUAUCCUUAGAGAGAAAGAACUAAUUGAUGAUGAGGAUUUGGAGGUGGUUAAGUGCCCUGUUUGUGGCGAAGCUCCAGAGACCCUAUUGCAUUCCUUUAUGCACUGUAGGGUGGCUGUGGACUUUUGGAACCUUGUUGGUCUUAAUAAUUUUCGCUUACAGGUUUACAAUAUGCAUGUUUAUGUGGGUUGGCGGUGGUUCUUUUUUCAUGCAGGUAUAUCCAAGGAUGUGAUCAGCCGGCUAGUCUUUGUGUACUGGGGCAAUUGGAAAGCUCGGUGUUCGACCACUUAUGAUCACGUUCAAUUCCUCCCAACCACCAUGGUGCUACGUUUCCAAACUCAAGUAGAGGAAUGGUCCUCGACUCAAGCAGCUUUGGCCUCAUCCAAUGAUCGACGUGCUUCUGUUCCUCCUGGGAUUCGCGGUCACACUCCACCACCAAUUUCGCCGGGGACUGUCCUCGUCCAUUUUGAUGGCGCUACAAAAACCAGUAUUGGGGGAGGAGUUGGUUUCGUUGGGUUUUCAGGACCAACGACUAUUCUUUUUGCAUUUGGGAAAUUUUACGACUAUAUGAUUGACGCAUUCAUCAUUGAGAUGUUGGCCCUCCGGGAUGCUCUCGGGUGGUGUCUCUCUAAUUCAAUUUCUAAUGUCUCAUUCUGUGCUGACGCGCAUGUGAUCAUUCAAAUGAUAAAUCGUAAGGAUUCAAGCCAUGUUUUGGGUGGUAGCCUCCUUGCAGAGAUCCAGGUGCUUCGUGUCUCCAUGCAGCGAGUAUCGUUCCACUUUGCUUUGCGUAAGUACAAUAGGGCUGCCCAUAUCGUGGCAAAAUAGCCCACUCAUCGUUGGAUCGUCGGUUGGUCGACCAGCGGCUCUUCCUUAAUUCCUCUUUGUAAUUGACCUGUAAAGGUCCUUUUAUUAUGUUGUAUCUGUUGUAUUCCCUUCGGAAUAUCUUUGGCAAAAAAAAAAGCUCUUCACUCCCAUGAGGCGGAUGCGCUGAGUGGGCAUCUUGUAAGUUAUUGGGAACUAACAUCAUGUUUGCUUGUUAGUUAUUAUUGGUUAACCAUUAAAAUAACCACUAAUUGGAUCGGUAAGAGAUUAAUUUAUAAGGCUUAUCAGUUCGGUUAUUGAUAUGAGUUUUUUAUUUAUUGAUCAAUUACCAAGUGUCAUAUCAUUGUGAUUAACCGAACCGAUUAGCACGCCAAUUGAAGUUAAUGGAACUGAUAUUGGGCAAAUGGAAGUAACAUAUGACCUACAUGGGAAUAGGGAUGGCAAUGGGGCGGGUUUGCUUAAACCAUCCCCAUACCCAUCUUGAAAUACCCAAAUCCAUACCCGCCCCAUACCCAUGCGGGGGAAUGUUUUGCAAACCCAUCCCCAUACCCGUGGGUUUCGGGUACCCAUAGGUAAUACCCAUACCCGUACAUCCAACAUUAUUAUACCUAAAACUUACAAGAAAAGUUCUAAUUAUAACUCCAAACGAACAUAUUAUAUCACGAAGUCGACAAAACACGGUCUUUUUUUAAUAUGGUUCAAAGAUUAUGAUCCUAAAAUAUCUAUUAAUACAUAAUAUAGAGUAUAAUAUUUUUCAAAUUAUUAUGUUCUAACUCUGAUACAUCUACUAAAUAAUAAUUAACUAACAUAAUCUUGUUGACAAGGGGGAAAGUGAAAGAGUGAAAUGAGAAUUGAGAGAAAUGAAUUAGAUUUUGAUUA